AUGACGGAGCGCGCGCAACGCUUGACGGCGCUGCAGAACGGGGCCGUGGGCUCCCUCGCCGGCAUGAUCGAGAUGACCAUUCAGCAGCCCUGGGUAGCCGUCAAGAAUGCUGUGCAGCAAGGUCGACCACUUCCCCGCUCGAUUCCGGCGCUGUACCGUGGUCUCGGGGUGUCAUUGUCCUCCAUAGCGCCCGUGAGUGCCAUCCGCUUUGCUGUCAACGGAAAACUGCUGCGCAAGGUGAGCGGUACGGAUACGGCUCCAACAGGCCAAGUCAAGGUGCUCUGUAGCACGAUUUCCGGCGCAACGGCAGCGGCCAUCACGGGUCCGGCUGAACUGGUCAUGACGGUGCAACAGAACAACGGACGGAGCUUUGGGGCAACAGUGAAGGCUGUAGUGGACACCCACGGAGUGACGAGACUAAUGCGGGGCUAUCCGGCUACUGCAAUUCGUGACGCUAUCUGGUGCGCUGGUUACUUGGCGUUGGGGCCGCUGUUUACUCGCGAGGUGCAUCGCUUGAAACCCCAGACGUUUGGUCACUAUGACACUGCAACUGCGUCACAGAAGGCGUCGGCUUCAAUUGCCGGUUGUCUGGCUGCUGGUCUUGUCGUUGUUCCACUGACGCAGCCAAUUGAUACUAUCAAAACGGUUAUGCAGGGUGAGGCGAUGACGAUCCCUUCGAGUCGCAGACACAGUAUGUUUGCCACUGCUAGACGAAUCUACCGUGAAGGAGGAGUCAGAAGAUUCUACCGCGGCAUCGUGGCGCGAGGAAGUCGCCUCGUUGGUGCUGUUUUCAUCCUUGGGCAAGCUCGAAUGCGGCUAGAAGAGAUUUUUGAAGACCACAACUUGCUGAGGAUGGAUGGUGUCGCUAACUAUAAGCAUGAGUGA